AUGGUGGGUGCUGCCAACCUGACCAAGAUGAAGGCAAUCUUGGGUGAGUUCUGGCGCAGGCAAAAGACUGUCAGGCCUGACUCAGCGUUUUUUGAAUUUGCUGCAGCUCAUGGCCUUCCUUUGAACCAGUGCGUCCCAUUCUUGUCGCACACAGAUGAGGGACGCAGCUACAAGCAUUUGCCCCUCUUUGUUUUGAGCAGCCAUGGAGCAGUUGGCAGAGGAAGCAGGUCAUGGCUGGCCCAAGGGAAACACAAAGCGCCACUGCGCAGGAAUGCAAUGGGUUUGAACAUGGUUGGUUCCACCUGGUCAACGAAUUUCAUUUUUUGCUCGGCUGCAAAAAAUGUCAUCCAGGAGCCAGGCGCUCUUGACAAGAUCUUGGAGGUGCACAGUGAUGAUGUGUACAAGCUCAUGACCGAAGGACUGCAGAGUGCAGAUGGGCAGCGUUGGUGGUUUAUUCACCUGGCGACAAAAGCAGAUUUGCCAGCCCUGCAGAAACUGACCAACUCCUAUCGAAGUUUCGGCAAUGUCCCACGGGCUGCUUCGUCAAGGAACCCAUGCAAGGGCAUUUGCUAUUUGUGCAGUGCUGGGCAGGAAGCGGAUCCUGUUGCUGGUUUGCCAGCAAUUCCAUACGAGGAUGUUUCGCGGAAUGCAGACUGGGUGCGAACCACUGCCCAGCAGGUGCCUUGGAACACUUUGCCUACGAUCCUGACCCAUUUGCCCUUGUCGACCGAGGAGAAGAUUCGUUUCUUCCGAACUGACCUGUGGCACAAUGCGCACUUAGGUGUCUUGAAGCAGUUCACAGCAUGUGCUUUUGUGGCAAUUGUGGAGAGUGGACUGGGAUGCCUACCUGCUGGAUCAAUUGAGGCAAAGUUUUCAUGGCUGACAGGCCUGUAUCGGCAGCACUUCAGAACACCGCCAUUUGUGUCUGAGAUUUCUCGAGAUACAAUGUGUUUCCCGGCCAGUACUGCAAGCCCCAUUGGGAAGUGGAGCAAAGGAGCGGCUUCUGCUGAGAUGAUGUCUUUCCUUGAUGCUUUCUGCCGAGACUACAUCGUUGGUCACACGGAAGACCGGAAAGUUUAUCUCGUGCAGAUUCCGACCAGCGAGGCUUAG